UUAAUUUUUCUCGGAAACAACAUACACAUGCAAAUGGUUUUCAAAAUUAGAAUACAAUGGUUGGCCGAGCAACAAAGGAAUAUACAGAAAUACUGGUAACAAGAUUAUAAAGGACGUCAAUUUUCGAAUUUAGAAAUGGAAAACUUGAACAAAACAACAGCAAAAUUGUUAUCCUUACCUUGGCAAGAUGUUAUUUUUUUGCACAUAUUUUAUUAUCUAUCUUUGCGUGAUAUCUGCAGAUUUCGACGAACUUGCCGUGAAGCGAACGAGCUGUGUCUCAACUACUUCAAACAUUGCACAGAAUUGGAUUGUUCUGGAAUACAUAACAUUCUUACAGAAACUGCAUUUGUAAACACUACCUCGAAUUCAUAUUCUUUGAGGAAAAUCAAUCUUGAAAACUGUAAAAACUUCAAAGACAAUGCGUUGAUUGAUUUAUUCCAAAGAAAUCGCAACAUCAAUUGGCUGAACGUGAGUGGCUGCAGUUCUCUAACCGAAAACUUCUUGUUCACCGCCAUGCGUUAUUGUAGCAAUCUAUAUCAGAUAUAUCUACGUGAAUGUCGAUGGGUGUCGUCAAGAAGCGUUAUAGAAUUAGCAAAAUCUUGCAAAUCGCUAAAAAUCAUUGAUCUGAGUGGUUGCUGGGAAGUUGAUGAUAAAUGUUUGAUAGCAUUAGUGAUAUCAUGUAAAAAAUUAACUCAACUCUGCAUUAAUGGUUGCUAUGGUAUCACUGAUAUGUCAAUACAUGUUUUGUCUCGACAGUUGAAUGGUUUGAAAAGGCUUGAGCUUGAUGGGUGUUGGCGAGUUACAGAUCAAGCUAUCAGAAUGGUAGGUGAAUAUUGUCAUCAACUUCAGCAUCUUAAUGUUCAAGAUUGUCGAGAUAUAACAGAGGCAAGCUUGGCACGACUACGAAUCAAAGGUAUCAUAGUAAAGAAAUUGCCUCAGGUUUCUCCCACACAAAUGAUGGUCACCAAACAUAUGCAUUCAAAAACACAGGUGUUGAACACACUUAGAUUUGAUCCUUCUUAGGAUUUAAAAUAGUUGAAGGAAGGGUAGCAGAGAAAAAAAAGAAAGACAAGAAACGAAAAAGUCUACAAGUUUUUAUGUUGUACGCUGUAUUUUUUCAACAUACCAAGUUUGAGACACUUCAAGAACAAUUGAUUCUUGUCAACUGUUAAUUAUAUUUGUAAAAUUUUAUUACUUAGGCAAACACAAAGAAAUAUUUUACCUUUUUGUAUGAAA